CAGGCAAGUUCAACUCAAACCCCAAUUCCUCCACUUUUGACCCGUUCCUUCAUUUAUUUCACUUUGUUUUUUUCUUUUCAACCUUCUGGGUUUCCCUCGGUUCACUGUAUAUUCAUAUAUAGGUUCUUCAUCUUCCUGUUCUACGGUUACCUAAGAUUUUGAGUGUAGUUCUUGAGGCUGCCUAAGAAGAAGAAAACAAAAAAGGAGGUUACUUCAUCAAGGAAUUCCGAGUCAGAAUUUCGAAUGAAAGACUCAGCUGGAGAGCAGUAUAAAGAUGUCAAACAUACCUACGUCUCUCUCUGAAGUUUGCCUUACUCUCUCUCGCCUUAUUAUGUCCAUCGCCGAUCCAUGGCCCUUUUCCUAGUCGUCUUCUCCCUCUAAAGAAACCCUUCUACUCUUAUUCAACUACGCUCAAAAUUUAGUCCCAUCUUUUUUCUUGAAAUAUUAUAUACCGACGAUCCAUGAGAAAGACAAGAGGAUUCAAGAUCGGUAAACGGCUUGUCCGGAUUCGUAGAUGGUUCAACCGCAAAGUUCGGAACCCAUGUGGGUACCAUCGCCUGACACAAGCCGGAUCAUUUUGCAAGUCAAACGCUUUAUCCAAGUUCAUCAAUUGGGGUCGCCGCUUUACAAACGGAGUCAAAUCCAUAUGCACGGUGAAAUCCGGAUCGGGUUACAUUCCCAUCGGCGAAGACCCCAUCAACAAAAAACCGAUUGAAGUUCCGAAAGGACACUUGGCUGUCUACGUCGGCCAAAACAAUGGCGACUUUCAUAGAGUGCUGGUGCCAGUCAUUUACUUUAACCACCCUUUGUUCGGCGAGCUCUUGAGAGACGCCGAAAAGGAGUACGGGUUUAGCCACCCAGGUGGAAUCACCCUUCCUUGCGGGUUCUCGGAGUUUGUGAAGGUCCAGACCCGGAUCGCCGCUGGAACCGGUGGAAGGAAAGCGGUUUGGAUGCGCCACCCUUGAGAGGCUGCUGGUAACAAAAAAUAUGGAUCAUGAUAACGACAAUUAGUUCUGAUCAACGCUUCUGU